CGGAAUUACCCACUUCCAAGAACAAAUGUUGAACUUGGCACGUCAGUUGGUGUUUCAGCUCCAGCUUCAGAUUCGGUGGAGAUCAAACAUCACACUUUUGGCAGUCGCUUUUGACAAGUGUCACACUCCCAUUGCAUUGUCGGCUCGUGGUUUCUGGUGGCCGCAGAGUUCGGAUGCACGCAAAAUCCGCCUCUUUCAUUUCUGGUCAGCUGAAAUUCGCAGUGAGAGUGUCUAACUCCUGCUAAAACUCGGGAUCGCGUUUUGGGCACCUCCACAAUCUGACAAUCUCGAGGUUUCGGUGGCGCAUCGAGUUCUGCAACGACCCGCAACAUUCCAACAUCGACCAAGGGAUGUCACGCAGGGGACCGGAUCUUCUGUGGCUAUGUACACGGCUUGCCACAGGGCCCAUGAGGCACAAUUAAGAUACACGUCCGAUGAACACAUGCUGAAGUUCCGAGCCAUGAUUUUGGGAAACUGAUGCAUAAAUAUGACGGCGCUCGGGUAGUCUCGGAUCAAGAGGAGGAGCGUUGUCGGUUUCAUGAGGAGUGUCUGUCGAGUGAAGUGAGUUGAGGUGAGGUGAGGUGAGGUGAAGUGAAGUUCCUGUCUUGUGAGUCGACGACGAGGAAUCGAAAUGGCUACGGCGAUGUCUGUUAUUUUGAUGGCAUUGGCUGCCCUUCUAUUCGUGAGUAUUCUUCGGAAUGCAAUGAUGCUCUUCCGAGUCGCCAUCUGGCAGCGUUUUAAGGUGAUCAGAAUGAUGAAGAAGGAGGGAUACAGUGGACCACCAUUCUCGGUGUUCUCAGACAAUCUCCAGGAGUCGAGGGCGAUGAAGCAAAAGGCUCGCGAGGCAAAUGCCUUGCAGAGAUUCGGCACCGUCGACCAUGACAUAUGGCAUCGAGUCCAUCCUGAUAUUAAAGAGUGGAAGAAGCUCUACGGGGAAAGAUUAUUUUAUCGUCCAGAGAAGCACCUCAUCGUUCUCUUGGGCUUUGAUGAACCGGACGUCGUGAGGACGAUGUUCGCACACAAGACGGAUGAGUUCAGCAAGGGCUACAGUCCCUUAGCUGAAACUGUUCUGGGAAAAGGAGGACUGGCGCUAACUGUGGACCAUGAGAGCUGGGCUCGACAAAGACGGGUUGUGAGACCGGUGUUUUACGCGAGCUAUAUCAAGGAUACUACGAAAGUCAUGACGCCAAUAGUUACUGCAUGGCUCAAAACAUUGGAAGACAAAGCGACUGGGAGUGGGGGUUCUGUUGAGGUUGACAUUUUGAAGUCCCUCGGAACUGUGGUAAGAGAUGUCCUUGCCCAGGUAGCUUUCGGGAUCGACUUUCUUGAGGGAAAGAAAGCAUUCGAAGAUCAGGAAAAACUCAAAGCUUUGGAGCUUGAAUCUGGAGGAGUCAUUCAUCCUUUCUUUAGGUUGCUGCCCACUCCUAGGAAUUGGCAAAUACGAAGAACCCGCAGUGCUGUCACAAGGUGUAUGAAAGCUAUAAUACAAAAGCGCAGGAUGGCUUUCAAGAAUGGAGCCCUGGACUCGCUCGGCGAUGACCUUUUGGGCGUACUUCUCAAUGCAGUCGAGGAUGACGUAGCAGCUUUGUCCGACCCGAAGCAGAAGAUGAAAAAGCAUGCCAUGCCAUGGACGGAUGAUCUACUCGUCGAUCAAUGUCGGACUUUCUUCCAAGCUGGAACAAAUACGGUCUCCGUCACCACCUCCUGGGUCCUGAUUCUACUGGCGAACUAUCCAGAGUGGCAGGAAAGAAUCCGAAAGGAAGUGCUGGACAAUUCCCCAGUGUGUGAGAAUCUGCGUAAGUUAGAAUCCCUGCACAUGUUCGUGAGAGAAACCCAGCGGAUGUACCCAACUGCUCCAGCGCUGACCCGAACUCUGGUAAAGGAUGGAGUCAGUCUGCUCGGCAACAGCUUGCCGAAAAAUCUGACUGUCAGAGUGGAUGUGAUCAGACUUCACCGUAAUCGAGAGACGUGGGGUGACGAUGCUGACGAGUUCAAACCUGAACGCUUUAAGAAUGGAAUAGCACAAGCAUGCAAGCACCCCUACGGUUACAUACCUUUCGGAGCCGGCCCGAGAACCUGUGUAGCACAGAACUUCGCCAUUACCGAGGUGGAGCUCAUCACAAGCAUGAUAUUGGAGCGCUUUAGAUUUCGACUUUCUCCAUCCUACUGUGAUAUGCCGAUGGUCAUGCUAACCUUGCAGCCAGCGUGUGGCGCACCUUUGAUUUUGGAACUAUUAAAGCCUUAAGAAGCCAUAUCCUAACCUGACUGCUAGACAAUCUUCUAAGUUCACGCCAGCACUUCUGAUUUGUAAUAGCUGAGAUAAAAUAUUCAAGUUCUAAUUGGUUGGUAAGUCUGAGUCUUGGGAAU